AUGCCACAAAAAAAGAGACCUUCACUUUUGGAGCAGAAUAAACAGAAAUCUGCUGCUGGCCACAAAUUGGAAACGGGGGAUUAUCAAGAAAGAACUGGCUGUCCAGAUGCUCCACAGAAGAUUGCCUACCCAACUCCAUGCAACUUAAAUCUCUCUCCAGUCUCCACAGCAGAAACUGGAGAUUCUCUGGAAAUCUCCUGGAAAACAUUUUUAUCUGUAUUAAGAUCAAUGGAGGAGUGUUCAGAUAACAAGAUUAAUGCUUUGGUCCCACAGCUGAUAACAUCUCAGCCAGUUCUGCCAAGGAAAAAGGUUGCCACCAAAUCUGAAAAAACAAGAAGAGGAAGAUCAAGUGCUCUGCCUGUUAUACUAAAACCUGGAGAAAAAGCAAAUGGAAUAUUUCAAAAGGAAAGAGAAUUUAGUGCUGCUAUUGCCAACUCAAAACAAGAUGGAGAGAAAAACAGAAUUGGAUCAGGUCAGCCAGAUUCCUAUCGAAAGACUCCUAAGGGAGAUGUGUGCCAUAGAGCAAGCAAAACAAAGUCAGAUCAAGCACCAAGUGAGACAGGUUUCUCUCUGGUAAGCAACCAAACACUACCUGAGCCCAAAGGUGCACUCCAAAGAAAUUGGGAAGCACCUUCUUUAAUUCCCCAAGAGAAUACAUCCUUGACACACAAGUUCAAGAAAGGAAACUUAGGGCUAAGUCAUAAAGACCGGCAUCAGCAGAAAGUAAAUAGCGGCAUUCGUGUUCUCCCACACCUGGAGACUAAGACCCAUUUGGUUUCCAGUGCUGUAAAACACCAGCCACAACUCCAAUCACAAGAUGCGCUCUUCCCACAAAUAGCCACAAAGAACUUGCAGAACAUUACUUCUUUGCAUCAGCAGGAAAACAGAUCAGGUCAGACAUUUUCAUCACUGCCUGAAAACAGUAUAAGAGUCCUGUCCAGCAAGACAGAAGGAGAAAGGGCUCAUAAUCUGAAGCUGCCCUUAAAUUCAACAGAAGCCUUGAAAUAUUUCAAAAACCAGCUAACAUUGUAUGAACAACGAGAAAUUAAGGAAUAUAAGGAGUUGUGGUAUCUUGGAUUGGGAGCUAAGAAGAUUGAAGGAUAUAAGGAUGGAGAGAAUAAUGCCUUUGAUGAUGAUCAUGGCUCCUACAAAAAGGUUCUAAGUGAUCAUAUUGCAUAUAGAUAUGAAAUACUGGCUGUUCUUGGGAAAGGAUCUUUUGGACACGUUCUGAAGUGUUUGGACCACAAGACAGGGGAAAAGGUGGCGGUGAAAGUAAUCAGGAACAAAAAAAGAUUUCAUAAUCAGGCCUUAAUAGAAGUCAGCAUUCUCAAUGCUCUUCGGAAAAGGGAUGAAGACAAUGCAUGCAAUGUUGUCCACAUGAAAGAAUAUUUUUACUUCCGUAAUCAUUUCUGCAUUUCCUUUGAAUUAUUAGGUAUAAAUUUGUAUGAAUUAAUCAAGAAAAAUAAUUUCCAAGGUUUUACCUUGGGUUUAAUUCGUCGAUUCACUCAGUGUGUCUUAAGAUGUCUACAGCUGUUGUAUACAGAGAAGAUAAUCCACUGUGAUCUGAAACCUGAGAACAUAUUAAUAAGCCAGCCUCAACUUGGGCAAGUUUCAUUUAAAGUGAUUGACUUUGGAUCAAGCUGCUAUGAACAUCAGAGAGUGUAUACAUAUGUUCAAAGUCGAUUUUAUCGUUCUCCAGAAGUUAUUCUUGGCCAUCCCUAUGCAACUCCUAUUGACAUGUGGAGUUUAGGAUGUAUCAUGGCUGAGCUCUUCACCGGGUACCCUCUUUUCCCUGGAGAAAACGAAGUAGAACAGCUUGCAUGCAUUAUGGAGAUAUUAGGCCUUCCACCAGGCGAUUUUAUUCAGACAGCAUCCCGAAAGCGAACGUUCUUUGAUUCCAGUGGCACUCCAAAGAACAUUACAAAUAGUAGAGGAAAAAUAAGAAGUCCAAACUCCAGGGAUCUGAGCACCAUACUGAAAACCUACGAUGUUUCUUUUCUGGAUUUCAUUAAAAAAUGUCUUGUAUGGAAACCUUCUUUGCGCAUGACCCCAGAAGAAGCAAUGCGCCAUGUGUGGAUGCAGGAUCCAUGGUUGCACAAAGUAAAGCAAAAGCCCAGGACUGCUACAAAGCAGACUGAUGGAUCUUUCUUCACUCCAGAGAAGAAAAAGGAGAAUUUUCAUAAAAAUGGACAGCCAGAAAAAAGAGAUGAAAUUAAUUGGCACCAUCUCAACGGAGAAGUAAAAACCGAUCCCCCUGAAAAGGUGUCUGCUACAAAUCAAAAACUGUCAUCCAUUGUAUCAUUGCAAGAAAUAAAUGACAAUGAGGACGUUAGUAAACAAGAUACUCCUGAAAAAGAACUGGAAAUGCCCGUGGACAAAGCUGCUAAAAGAGAUCACAGAAAUGAGAAGGCCAUGCAGAAAAAUACAAGCAUCUUGCCACCCAUAAAGAAUAAGCAGCGACUGACCCAACAAACACACGAAAAUGAAAAUCAGGAUGCAAGCAAACAGACUAUUUCAGAAAAACAAUGGAAAAUAAAAGAACCAAGUUUGUAAAAGAGACCACAGGACUGAGAAGGUCAUGAACAAAAAUACAUGAAGUACAAACAGUGAUUAGUCCUCUUUCCAUAUAUUUGUAGCAUGUUUUAUAGAAACUAUGUUAUUGUACCAUGUCUGAAUGCAGAAAGUUAAUGUAUACCUAUCCAGAUAUGGUGUACACAUUUCUUCAUUUUAAAAAGAAUAUAGAAUUAGACUGAAAGGCUGCAAAUGAAUAUUUUGUACUUUGGAUGGGGUAUCCUGUUGUUUUGAGUUUUUGG